GUGAGAGGGAGGGAGUGAGUGUGGGUGACACAUCUAACCUGGGCCUGAACACAACCAGACUCGAGACCACCAGGUACCUGCUCAGCCUUCGCUUCUACCUUACCAAGGCCGCCUGAACGCCUCAGACCCGAGCUUCCUCGCACUGCCAGGUAAAAUUAAACUCCUCUGGCUGGUUCACGAUGAUGUCUUCGUCCAUGUUGUUGAAACAGAAAUAUUACAAAAAAUACCACUGCAAAAGCCAGCAGGGAAAACGAAAUGUCAGUCGUAAAAUACUUUUGUCCAUGAAAAUGGCCAAUGGAGUAGAUGGCCCUAUAGGUAUCCCAUUCCCUGAUCACAGCAGUGAGAUUCUCAGUUGUCUUAAUGAGCAGAGGAACUAUGGUUAUCUCUGUGACGUUAUCAUCAUCGUGGACGGUCAGGAAUUUCGGACCCAUCGAUCGGUCCUUGCGGCCUGCAGUCAGUACUUCAAGAAGCUUUUCACACUGGGAGCUAUUGUGGACCAACAGAAUAUUUACGAAAUAGACUUUGUCUCGGCAGAAGCGCUUUCCGCACUCUUGGAAUUUGCGUACACGGCAACCCUGACUAUAAGCACUUCGAAUGUAAAUGAGAUUUUAAAUGCAGCAAGACUACUGGAGAUCCAAUGUGUGAGCAACGUCUGCCAUGAUCUCCUUGUAUCGAAUGCCCUGACCAGCAAGGAGAUGGCAGAUUACGUAGAUCAAAUUGAUCAGCAAAACCUCCUUCGAGCAAAAGAAUAUCUAGAGUACUUCCAAAGCAGUCCAGCAAAUGGACAUGUUGACGGCCAAUGGGCAGGUCUAGAACUGAAAGACUUUCCAAGAGUGCACUUUAAAAACGGAGUUAGUGAGGAGCUGGGGCAUAAGCCUGAAGGGGCCUACGAUGAAAUGACGGAAAAUGAGCAGCCAACGGAAAUGGUGGACAAACCGGUGGCGUGGCUCAAGAGAGAGGAUGUCACCGGCCCUUCAUUUUCCCCCUCACAGAAUGGAGACUAUGGUGAGUUCCAUGUUCCGGAAGAAGAAGGGCUUCUGGAUCACCCAGCUAUGCAUCCAAACUUCACGCCUGCUGAAGAGGUAAAACCGGAGCUCAUCAACGAAGACGACGAGGCCCUUUCCUCCAGAGCCAUCCUCGAGCAGAUCAUAAACUCGGUUGAUGAAACAUACGACACCAAGAACUUGCCAAAAGAUGAGAAUGAACUUGAAUCAUACUUGAAUUAUUCCCUCGCGGUUGAAGGCUACUCCUCCUGGUCUAAAAAAGGCGAGAAGAAAGUGAGAGCAAAGGCAUUCCAGAAGUGUCCGAUCUGUGAGAAGGUGAUUCAGGGAGCUGGGAAACUGCCACGUCACAUCAGGACUCACACAGGAGAAAAACCAUACGAGUGUAACAUAUGCAGUGUCCGCUUCACAAGACAGGACAAGUUGAAAGUUCACAUGAGGAAGCACACGGGAGAGAAGCCCUACUUGUGUAUUGAGUGCGGGGCUGCAUUUGCGCAUAACUACGACCUGAAGAAUCACAUGCGCGUCCACACAGGCCUCCGCCCCUACCAGUGCGACUCCUGCUUCAAGACCUUCGUGCGCUCAGACCACCUGCACAGGCACCUUAAAAAGGAUGGCUGCAAUGGCACCCCCUCCACACGAGGGCGCAAGCCUCGGGUGAGGGACACCAGCGGCCUUGUGUCCGAAGGAUCAAACGAUCCUGGUUGCGGAGAGGGCAACCUGGAAGAGGGCGCCAACACAAGCAUGGAGUUGGAAGAAAACAGCAACCCGCCGCACUUUGACGACCAACCUGAAGAAAAUUGUUCCAAGGUUUUGGUGAAUGAAGAGUCUGAGAGGCUGAAUGUAAAUGAGGAUUUAUUUGCGGAAAGCAAAAGCCAAUUGUGUGAAAGCUAAACCAAAUGAUGGUAACAGGAAGAUGGGUGGGACGGGCAAGGUAAAGGGGCACAAAUCUUCUUCUAUUAGUAGUUCCUCAUCCUUUUUAAACGAAAAUGGGCAAGAAGGAUUUUUUUUUACUUUAAUUCAGAAAUAGCUUAGUAGAACAGUGCUAGACCUCUUGUUUUACAGUUUAGACAAAGGAAAUCACUGCUAGAAUCUUAAGUGGGAGUUGAUCUAUGCUACACUCUUCAAGCACUGGUUACUGCUGAGUAUUGAUCCAUGGUACAAAGUGAGAUGCUUGCUGACUGUCAGUGCAAAUUCUGUUAAUUGAUAAAUGUAUCAGCGACGAAGGCUAAUACAGGUACUUAUCUCGACAAUGCCAUAGGUUCCCAGUAUUAGCAUUGGUCAACUUCUAAUAUUAAUCAACUAGAAAGUAACGUUAAAUUAUGAUUUUGAAAAAAUUCAUAGUUUGGUGUAAGUAACUCUUUUUAAUGUUCAAAUGUAUGACUAUACAGUACAAACACAGGACAGGAACAGCAGUAACGAGAACAAUGAUGGUGAAAUAAGUUUCUUAAGAAUUUUUAAAAGAAAAUGUAGCUUUUUGUUUCAAAAGUCAGGUUCCAAGUCAUUUUUAUUUUUAAAACAAAAACCUUUUGCUAAUUUUGCAAACUGUUUGAAAUCUAAGAAUUUAGUCAUUUUUAAAAGAGCGUUUACUGAAUGUAUGGUGUGUGUGACAGUAGCGAAUUUGAAAGGAUUCGGGAGUGAGAUGGUAUGGGAAGGGCUUAUACCUUUUCAGGUGAGCAAUAAAUUUGGAAGGCCUAGCACUUUUAUACAGAGGGUUCCACCAUACAUGGAUCAGGACCCUUUGUAAAAAUGUUUACAAGAGAUAUCCCUAAUCAAUCAAAUAUGGAGAAAGGGAAAGGGUGAGAAAACUACUAAUUCUAUUUUGUAACAUAAUAAUUAUAUAGACCCUCUAAGCUCAUUGCACUUAUAGCCGAGAGCUUAAUUUGGGCUGGGUCAUACAAAGCCCUCGCCCAGUGUUGAUCAGUUUGGUCCAUAUGAGAAAGGAGGAAACAAUAGUGAGAUUGCAAAGUGACUUUAAGAAAUCAGGUUUUAUUUAAGUUUAAGGCAGAAAAUGUAAAUUUUAUGGUUUUCCCUCUUUAAAAUCAUGAGAUACUGAGAAAUCCUAAAGGCCUAAUGUGUUAUGAAAAAAUAUAUUUGAUCCCAAUUCAUCAUUAAUAUUCACAUGGAUUUUGCUUUCAACUAACUAAAGUUAGCCACACAAUACACUUGCCUGGACUGACAUCCCUCAAACAAUUUUGGUUUUGUCAGAAUGCACCCAGCCAAGAAAAGGUGAAGACCAUUGUUGAAGUUUGAUUGUGACCCUCCAAGAUGAAACAUAUUUCUGUAAUGACUACUCAAAUUCUCGUAAAACAAUUACUACCAAGUACAAUGCCAAAGGUAGCCAAACACACCCUACAAAAGUAUUUCAUAUCAUCCUAGCACAGUUGGAUUAGGAGAGUUUACUGACCCUUUAUUGAAAGUUGAGUUUUAACGAUAAGUGGGCGUUUAGAAGGGGAGAGUUCGAACAAGAUUUUUACAAUUAUAUUGUAAUUAAACCCUUAACUUUCAAUAAUAGAGCUUAUAAUGGGAGGAAAGCUCACAAUCUCUAUUGAGUAAUCAACUGAAUGACCUCUUCAUCUGCCUGGUAUUUUGAUUGUUUAGCUGUGGCACAAAACCUGCUGUAGUAGGGCUAUUUCCCUCCGAAUCAUAUCUAGUCUCAUACGGCGAACUGAAGCAACAUUGGGUGUAUCGUUCUGGCUACCAAGUCCUAGUGUGGGUUUGUAAAUAAUAUGUAUUUCACUUAAUGAGAUUUUAUUUAAUGGAUUGACCUUUACUUUUUGAUAGUGAACUUGUGGGGCAGGUUGUGUAUUUCAGCACUGUAUGAAAAAGGAGGUGUUAGAGCUUAGAGGGAAAAGAGUGUUAGACACCACUACAGGCAAUCUUUACCACAUUCCUUCCUUUUGCACUAAAACAGAUUUCAGUGUGCAGUAGCAGGCACAGCUAGCUGCAGAAUAUGCCUUCUGCAUGCAUUUCUGGUUAGUGAAUAGUCAGCAAGGUCAAAAUACCAAGUCAAAGCUCAAUUUUAUGUUGGGUUCAGAACAUUUUGUCAUUUUCAUACACGGCAUAGACGCUCUCCAAUAAGCUAUCUUUGGGAGUUGUAUAAAAUGUGUUUGAACAAGGUGUGUGCUAUGAAAGGGGUUGGUAGCUCUCUUUAUAUUUAAAUUUUUGUUUUAAAAUAUGGUUUCUCAGUUAUAGGGAAACUACUUUGGAAUUUUUUCAAAAAAAUAGAUGCAUAUUUUAUGCAGGAAUGUGGUACAUUUGAGGGUGUUCAAAUUAAAAGGCCCGUUAGGUAAUUGUAAUCUUCCUUUUAUCCCAAUGAGCAGUGAUGAAUUGUCAUAUAAAUCAUAGACUAACAUUGUAUUUGGAAUUCUCAUGAAACACAGCAUCAGUUUUUCUUUCUUUUGUACUUGUGGAGGUCUAGAAAUGUAUGCACCAUUAAACUGGACUUGCUGAGUAGCUAUAACUUGAAGUCAGGAUGAGAGGCAUAUCCUUUGGAAAUACUUGUGCCCCUUGGCCUUAGUAGAUUUUAAAUGAGCAGAGAGUUUCGUGGAUAGCCACAUAAAUGGGGGUAAUUAAUUACAAAUGUACAUAUAAUAUAUUAAACCUCUCCUUUUCUACUUCCCUUGACCUAAUCCAUCCAAUCUCUAUCCCUGUGGAGCUAUGUCAAAUCACUGGAUUAUUAUAAACUGUUCCGCCUGCUUUCCUUCCUGUUCUGGCAAUUUGUUUUAUUUGAUCUUGAUUUUAUUAUGCUCUCCUAUCAUAACCACCCCCUUGGUGCGUUCAACCUACUGAAGCCAUACACUAACAUUUAAAUUGUCGGUUGAACUUUUUGUUUCUUGAUAACGGAAGGAAACUAAAAAUUGGGUUUCUGGUGCUGUUGGAUCCCAGGUUGUGAAUGGCUUUUUCUCUUUAAGCACAAGACGUGUAUCCUGAGGAAGAUCUACAUAUACCAGACACCUAGCUGUUGCAUCCACUUUUGCUUAAAUGAAGUUGGGGUGUUUACCUUCUCCACAGUGUGUGGUGAUGGAUUCCAGUGUGUUGAGGAAGACUCCGCCAAUCUCAGUCCCAAAACAAAACCAUCUUUCAUUAGUUGGAACAUGGGUCUCACGUCAAACACUGUAACUGCAUAGACUUAACAUAAACAGAAAGUUCUGGCAACUAAAAGUGAUGGUAAUGACCAAAAGAUUUAUUUAGAGAAAUGGAAUCGUACAGACUGAAAAAGGCUCUUUAGCCACUGUGUGGAAUCCACACUGACCACCAAACAACCAUAUACCCGGAUCCUACAUGAGUCUCAUCUUAUUCACCUCACAUUCCCACUAUUUCUCAGCCCCAGAUUCUAACAGUCGCCAAUACGCUAGGGACAACUUGCAGCAACCAAUUAACCUAGCACUCCGCUCAUCUUUGUACUGUGCAAGGAAACAAGAACGCCUUGGAGACACCCACGUGGUGACAGGGAGAACAUGCAAACUCCCUGCAGACAGCACCUAAGGUCAGAUUUGAACCAGGGCAGCUGAAAAAAACGAAUUGAGGCAGCGGCUCUGGUGGCUGCAGAUUCUACUUCCUCCUCUCCCUAAAUAUGUAAUAAAUAAUUAGAUUCACCUAUACAUUGCAGGAGCUAUUUCAUCCAAGUAUCUAUCAUGAAAUCACAUUUACCCCAGCCAACUCAUUUGAUUUGCAGACCAUGAGAUGAACUUUCAGAUUUCUGUUGAUCAGCCAGCACCGCACUUGUAGCAGAUGCUGUGACAGGUAACUGCCUCAGUCUGUCAUGGUGCUUCUUUGGGUAUAGGGUCACCAAAUUGGCCAAGCAUGCUUUGGAGAGUUUCUUCAUACCAACUACCACAAACUGGCCAAACAGAUCAUCUCAACUUGCAUUGUAUAGCACCUUUCAUGUGGUAAUCUAUCCCCACCCCAGCACAUCCAUGCGUUUUGUAACCAGACAAAAUUUGAUUGUAAAUUAUUUGAAGAGAUGUUAGGAUACUAAGACAUUAGGAUACAUGAACAAAGCUUGACUAAUAUGUUCAGUUUUGCUCUCUGACUCCUUGAACAUUUUAAGGAUGUGAUAAAGGCGGAGAUACAUCAUAAUGCUCAAUGAUAACAAUAAAUAAAAUUACUCAAGAAAAUGAAAAAUGCACACUUUUUAUCGUUAAUCCCAUGAGACGUAAGAAUAGUUUUGAAAAGUUGACGGCCCUAUUUCAAAAAUGGGUGGAUACAAGUCAGGGCAGUGCCAAUUACAAUUGGGCUCCCGGGGGCUGGAACCCACAAGUCUGUGCUGGAGGAAGUGACGAAUGAUGAUCAUGUGGUAUCCACCAGUGCUAAUAUCACAUGAUCCUGAAUACAUCCCCUUCAGCUAAAUGUGGUCAGGAUUGCUUUACCAGCACAUGCAGCCGCUUUCGGUUUAAACAUUUUAAAUCUAUGCCAAUUCAUUUGAUCAGAAGGCUGAACAAGGCUUGCCCAGGCUUUGGGGAAACUGAGUUUGAUGUCACUUUAUAUUUGAUCAGCAUCAGAUGGGAGAUUGCCUCCUCCAGGGUAUUUGAAUGUUUCUCUCCAGAAUCAGAUUGGCUCCAACUCCAGAGUUAUAUUUCACCUUUAAAAUUAAGCUGUAGUGUAAACAUGCUCCAUAACUAUUAAAAGCCUCUGUUUUGGCAUAGUUUCAGCUGUGGUUCCUUGGAAGAUCACUAAUGAACCCGUUUAGCAGUUGUAAGUAGUUGCUAGGUUUUAUUUACUGGCGCCACAUGAAUAGUAAUUCAGAAAACAUUUCUGUUGAGGAAUUUUUAUUAUUUCUAAUGAGUUUUAGAUGGAUUAGCGAAAACAUUUUUUUGCACACUGUUAAGCUAACCUUUUCCCAAUCCUGGUUUACCAUAAUGUGCACUGAUAAUGACUGACAUUUAAUAACCUUUAACAAUGUUUGAUUUGUUAGAAUCCAGAAACUGAAACAUUACAAGCUAUUUCCAAGUAUUUUAUACUAACAUUGGCACAAUACAUUGGAAAUAUUAUAGGGUUGAUCUCCCCCUGUUGGUCACUAAAAGCACCAAGUGUUGCUUCAUACUCCCUAACACCAAGUGAAAGAAUGAGGUUGAUUUGAUCACAAAAUAGCAAUUAAUAUAAUUAAUUUCUGUUUCAAUUCUGAAAAUAGUCUAACCUUUUAAAAUGUUGUACAUUUUACCCAAUCCUGGGAAUUGAAUCUUGCCCCUCCACUUCAUAUCCCAAUGUAAUCAAACGUUCGAAAUGCUACCACAGUUUAAAAUUAAUAUCUUAUUCCUUAUCACGUUCAUUUAGAAUCUCCCUCCAGCCUGAAAUGUUUUCUCUGGCAUACAGUGACAUGAGAAUUUGCGAUCACAAGAAAUACUGUCUAGUGUAUUUAUAUCAUAUUUUACAAUGAAUACAUUUAAUUCACAUUGACAGUUUAUCAUUUGGAAGUUUCACUGAAAAAUCAGCUUGAAUGAUCUGAAAAAACCAAAUGGGCAUUUUGCAGGGGGUGCAACAAAACUGACUACACGUGAAAAGUGGACAGGCUAUUAGGAAUGAUUAGAAAAUCUUAGUGUUUGCAGCCUAAAGUCACAAUAAAAUGCAUAAUAAAUAAAUCACUAAAUAGAAAAUGCUGAAAACAUCCUGCAGGUCAGACAACAUCCAUGGAAACAGUUAAUGUUUCAGAUCCAGGACCCAUCGUCAGAACAAUUUCAUCAUUUAGCAGUAGAAACUGAUGAGUCGUCAUUUUAUUUUUGACCAGAAAAUAAAGCUAUUAGCUCAGAAUGACAAUGUUUUGUAAGAUCCUGUCUGAAGCAAUGUGAGAGGUAGAAACUACUGAGAGAUUUUGAGAUACAGUUGGAUGCAACACCAGGAGAGUCAAUGUAUUUGGAAAAUGAUCUUUAUUGGGAUUGAUGGCAUUGCUGCACCUCCUGUGUUUAAAGUUUCUCAGCCUUCCUAAUUAUUAUUUAACAUCUGAGAAAGUGUGGAAGCUACACGGGAUUAAAAAAAAAUUAACUGUUGUGUUUCAUGAGUUUCCCUUCUUUAUUCCAAAAUCCAAGCAAAGGAGCUUAGUUGUAAGGUGGCAUGUUGUGCGUAAUACAUUGCCAAAGCACCGAGGGAACAUUCCAUACUUUGUGUGCAUCGAAUCUGAAGCUGGGUAUAGGGAAAAAGAUAAUAUAAAAAUUGCACUUUGGGCUAUUGGUAAAUCAUGUUGUAAAUAAAACCACUAAAUUAAUCAGCAUAGUCCAAAAUACAUAGUUUUUUUUAUACUGAAAAAUCCAAAGAAAUUGAGAACUGUUAUGCAUCUAUUGUACACUUUGAAAUUUCCUGCCCAUUAUUUUUUUUUUCCAGUUUUAAGUUUCAUAUCUUUCAUUUGACUGCUGCACAACCUUAUAAAUUUUACAACAAAGAAAUCCAACAGGCAACAUUUAAAUUAUAAAACACACAAGCAAAAUAGGGAGCAUGUGAAGAUUACAGGAUUUUACUCUACACAAUUGGCAGCUUGGGAAUGUUUGGAGACUUGUAUUUAUAAUAAUGCGCUUUGGAAUAAAAGCAGGGCUUUGGGAAUCUGUGGAAACUGUUUCUGUCAGUUCUUGAAGCUAAUUUUGUGAGAAUCAUUCUGAUGAGUGAAAUUCUGAAUUAUCUGUAAUAUAUUUUUGAUUUUAAAGUUUUUUUUUUACCUUGAUGAAUGAUGUUAUUUACCAUAUUCAUUAGCAUAAUAUUUAAUCCUUUCAAAAGCAGAACAUUGCGUUUAUGUUGGACUUUCUGCGUUUCCUCUGUGGGGGACCCUCCUGCAUCUUAUCUUCCCCUCCUCCCAACAUAAAUUCCCCAAUCUCUCUGCCAACUUCCCACUCCCCCCUCCCUAAAAUAAUGCAGCAGGAUUAACAAAACUGGACACACAACCUUGGACAGAAUCCCAUGAUCUGACCGCACUGUUCUGUGGCUCCCAAUAGCUUAUACCUAGCAAGACCACGGAAUAUCUCAGAAGGCUUCUAUGUGGAACAGAAAAACCACCAACAGAAGUCUGUUGAAGUCUGUAAGAAUUACCUUAAAGGCAAUUAAUUUAAAGCUAGAAAGAAAUUCACAAGCAUGGCUGGAUAAUGCUGACCUGGUUCUUGUGUUGGCAGCUGUGAAAUUUUCUUAAAUCUCUUGAAAUACCUUGUAGACAUGUAUAAGAAAAGGGAGUGUGUGGUACAGCGUCUGUUUGGAGACUGGAAACAGACAUAUGACCCAGCAGUUCUGUCAGCACCACUACCCUUUGUAGUUAUGCAGGAGGAAGGGUGGAUCCUGGCUCUGAGUAUGAGUCUGUUUGAGAAUGCCUGUCCACAAUCCAACAUAUAUCCCAAGCUGUUUAAGAAGCAACUUUUUGGCAUUUUAUGUGAUCUGUGAUGUCAGUGUUAGUGAUCAGAUGCUGAAUAUGUUUGACAUUCCUGUUUCUUUCCUAUUUUAACAUGGGCCUAUGUUAAAUUACUACAAAUGGAUUAACGCCUCUGCUAAAGACAUAGAAGAAAGGAGUGAUGUAUGAAUGCAUAAAAUCUUUGUCCCCAAGAAUCUAAUUCCCAUUCUAUAGUCAUAGUUGCCCUCUCUGGCAUUGCUACCUGCUGCCCUGAUUGUCUGCAUAAAUACCUUUAUUGUUCAAGUAUCAAAUAUAAAACAACAAAGUUCUGAAUUUGAAAUUAAAUAACUGGGAUUUUAAAAUUAUUUUUAAACUCUUCAACAUGCUAGAUUCUAGAGACUGUAUCUGCCCUUUCUAUUUUGUUUCUCCAAUGUCAUUUGGAGCUCAAGUACUGGAAAGGAAACCAGGUCAAGUAGAUCCCAAAGCCUUGUGUUUGCUUGCUGUGGCUGAAUGAUGCAAUGCCUUACUGUUAUCAUUGUGUAAUGACAUGCUGUACUGUAAUGGACGAUGGGUAUUUUCUCAGGUUCUAUCAUAGGGUGGGAUCCAAGGUUUGAAAUUUGCUCGAGAAAUUUUGAUGAGCAUUCAAUUAUCGCCCUCUCCUCCACCACCCUCCCUAAAACCGCCCAUCAAAAUAACUCCUGCACGACAAGAACUGUCUGCAACUAUAUUUAUUUUAUUAAUUUGGUUACUUCGAUUACCAAACCUGCAUCUCAUCUUUUAAAAAAAAUAUAUGAUUUAAAAAAAAUAAUAAUUCUGUCAUAGAGCUUAAAGAAAUAUUCCUUGGGUGUAGCCUGAAAGUGUAAAGUUUUUUAUUUAAAUACGUUGAAUGUCUUUUUUUAAGUUACUCCAAAUUUAGUAUGAAAAUAAAAGCUGUAUUCUGUAUAUUGUGA